AAUUAAACCCUCAACGACAGUAGCCAUAGGUGAUGAAUCUAAAGAAGAAACCGAUGGGUUCACGUUGGUUGAACGUCGUAGAAAGUCACCUGUCGCCACCGAAAACCGCUUUGGUGAAGAGAGACCGGCGAAAAUGCAGACUUUAGGGAAGACCCCGAAGCCCAAUAAACCACAUGACGUUAAAGAGACGCCUGUUAACAAGCCAAUGAAAGGUCUCAAGGGUGCGUCUUUUGAAAGAUCGCAAUCGCUAUACCUCGAAAAUAUUCAAAUGGACGAUAAUGAUACCGAUGAUGAUAUUAUUGCACUUGUUAAAGAACAUGCAAAAAGUAAGGGGAUCAAGUUAAUGCAAGCAUACGUUAUCCAUAACCGAUUCUCGAUGUAUCGUGUUGGCGUCAGAAUGACUGUUCCCGUCUCAUCAGCAGAUAAGGCUGUUGAAGAUGAUUCAUGGCCUGCCCCGAUAAAAUGUCGCCAAUGGCAGCGCUUCAGGCAGAACGCAAAUUAUGGUGACAACAUUCCCUCCCGUAUUACAUAUAGGUCCAGACGAUAUCAACAUGAUAAUAACCUUAUCGAUCGACCGUCAUGGGAACGCGAUGAUGAGAAAACUGACUAUUUUAAAGACGACAAUAUGUACCACAGGAACAUGUGUGACGCAACACGGGAGUAUGUACGGGAGAAAUUCGGCAAUAACCUGGGAGCAACAGGUUCUUACGCUGACUGGUAGAUAACUGUUUUUUUACUAUCGAAACACUGCCCUCAUAUUUGAGAUGCAUACCGUGUUUAUAGUUUUUUCUCUUUUUAAUUAGACUCCAGAUGAAAAUCUGGAGUCUAUUGCUUUUGCCAGUUUUCUUUAUUAUUAGACUCCAGAUUGAAAAUCUGGAGUCUAUUGUUUUUGCCUGUUUUCUUUAUUAGACUCCAGAUGAAAAUCUGGAGUCUAUUGCUUUUGCCAGUUUUCUUUAUUAUUAUUAUUAUUAUUAGACUCCAGAUGAAAAUCUGGAGUCUAUUG